GAGGUUUCUCCUUGAAGCAAACUUGUCAACCACACAACCACUGACUGCAUCUCAUUGUUUUCCCCACACAUACUGCAUAUCAUUCCAGACAGAAUGCCCUUCGGAAAAAUCUAUUCCUAUCCUAAAAACCCUCGCACUACGGCGCUUUUGGCUGUUGCUAAGGAGAAUGGACUCGAAAUCGAGAUCGUUCACGAGGAGCCUGAUAAGGGUGUGAGUGCUGAGUUCCCACUUUCCAGGGCGAUGAUGGAUUCGUUCUGUCUGAGUGCAUUGCUAUUGCCGUUUACCUUACCGCCCAGAACGAGAAGACCACUCUGUUGGGAAAGACUAAGCAGGACUAUGUGUCAAUUCUGA